AUGAAUAACUUGGUUUUCAACUCGCAGCCAAAUAAUGACCAUCAUGCGUCAAGUUUCAACGAUUCGAUCUCUGAGCGUGAAAGACACCAUUCGUUGUCUUCCACUGCAACUUCAAAUUCGACGCUGAACGACGAGCCCUGGACAGAAAAUGUUCAAAAUACGACAACACAAGCGAGCAACCUUGUUGAAGAGCUCUCAAAGCGAUCUUGCAUACCGCGGCUGCGGGUUUCCGAGUCCUGUGUGUCGAAUCUCGGCGAUGGUGGUUCCAGCGGUUCUGAGGAAGUUGAAAACGUCAGCAAAGAUAAAGAUUUGACGCUCACAGCCGAAGUUAUUGACUGUUUGAGCGUGUUGUCGCGACUUCUCCUUAAAUCCCAAGAGGAAAACCGACAAUUGAAGUUUCGCAAUUUGAUGCUUACUUCCGGUCUCAAGGACUCCAACUCCCGCCUCGAAGUUGAGACCAAUAUAAAUAAGCAGCAAUACGAGAGGUUAAAGUGCCAAAUCUUGAUGGAGGGCCACGAGCUUCAGCGAGGAAUACGCGCGCGAGACCUUAAAGUGAGCAAGUACAAAGAGACGAUCAUUGCCAAAAACAAGAAGAUCAAUAAAUUGAUGAGGUUGCUUAAGGAAAGAACCGCGACAGAAUCUAAAAACAGUAGUGCCACCCCUAGCAUUCUCAAUAGCCACAGCGACAAGGCGGAUAAAGUGCAGAAUGAUUCGAAUAUGCUAACAACACUUGGUUUACUUGCGAGUCACGUACUUAACGAAGACCCAGCUCCCCGUCAAAAGGGCAUUGACAUUACCGACUCCGACAUAUCACACGAUAGUUUCCUGAGCCACGACUCCUCAAGGACUGCUUCCGAGAAAAAACCAAUGAGUCUGUCGCUUUCAAUAGAUUCGAGAGCAGGAGGAGUCAGUUCCUCUCAACCAAAUCCAUCUCCAGAAUCGAUUCGACUCCCGCGAUUUCAAAGCUUCCAGCAAGGCUAA